GUCAUCCGACUGUGGGCCCCCGGCCAGUAUGCUCAACCACUGUUUCCGACAUAUCCGUCUAAGACGCGUAAUUAGUGCGCUGGUGCCUGCUGCGUGGGAUGACGGGCAGGAUGCAGGAUGGCGGAGAAUCCACGGGGUGGUGGGUUGUGGUUGUGCGGACUUCUCGGGCGUCGGAGAUGUUUGGGACGGGAUGACCGACAAGGCCGGAGGGUCAGCAUCGUAGGGGCGAGGCAACAACAAGAAGGUGAGACUCACCCAAGGAAAGGAUUGUUCAUUGGUGAGAGCGAGUUGUCUUUACAGAGAUCAGACCGCUGUGCACACAGACAGACCCGACAGAAGAAGCCUGCUAUGAUUGGAGGUAAAACAGGACUGGUCGUACGAUCGCACAACGCAUUGCAUGCAAGUGGGGAUGACUCAGUACGACAAAGAGAUAUUGGCUGCAUCCUCGACGGUCGCAAUACUGCUCCAAGGCAACAUUUGGAAAGACUUUUCAAGUGUACAGCCCGCAAAAGUCGGGUUCUUACGCAUUCUGCAGAAUGGUCCUGGUCUUCUUCACAAGGUUCCACACAAAUGCUUCUUCGGACGUCUAAGUGGAGAUGAGAGCCACUGAAUUACCUUGUCCGAUUUGCUAGAUAGAGCGACACCUAAAAAAUGUUAGUGGACGAGCAGGAGGAUGAUGCAAAGGAUAUGAUGAGUGUCAAAAGUAUGGUACUGAAAUGAUCAUAACGUUUACUUAAGCGUCACAGAGGAUAGGCCA